AUGGGUCUUAGAGUCUUUUUUGCAAGAUCUAAUACUGCAAAUUUCAAUAUUUUGAUAGAUGAUAAACAAACAACAUACAGUGACCAAGGAUAUUAUACAGUAUUUAAAGUAGAUAAUGAUAAAACUUUAAAUAAUUGUAAGAUUACUACAGUAUUAAGCUCGGGCUCAUCAAAUAUGUUCUCCAAUAUAGGAUACAAAGUUUAUAACUCUGAUACAAGAUUGCAUACUAUUGGAAUUGCGACUCAUGCUGAUAUACAGAUAAAUAAUAAUGAUUACGCUUCUAUUUACAAUCUAAAUGGCAAUACUGGAUUCCGAAUGACUGAUGGAACUUAUACUUUAUCUUUUGUAUUACGAGGUUUCGAUUCACCUGGUGUAGAUACAUAUUGGUACGGUAGAUUUAGAGCUAGGAUUGAUAAAAUGUGGAAUAAUGGAACAGGAGAUUCAAAUUAUUAUUCUGAUUUAGAGAAUAUAGAUUGUGGAAUUGCAUUUUCAUGGCAAGAUAGAAGGAUUGGUCCAGGUGAAACGCUAUAUUUCAAUAUGGGUUCAUCUUCAACAAAUCAAGAUUCUUCAUACAAACCAUCGUUAACUGUAACUUCAAUCGCUGAUAGUUAUAGACCUUGUUCAAAGCCAUUCUUAAUUAGCGGAUCUUUAAGUCAUUCUCGAAGAUAUUCAACGACAGUCUACAUUAAAUACAGAUUUGAUAACAAUGAAACCAUUUAUACUGAUGCCAAUUCUUAUGGAGUUAAGUCUAAUAGUCCAAAAGAUUUCUCUAACAACAUGGAUAGUUCUUCAUUUGCUUUAGAAUACAACAGAUUCUUUAAAGAUCGGGUUAAAAUUACAGGAAAUAUCACUGAUAUUGAUGGUGACAUUAAUGUUACUUUCUAUUGUAUAUUCGAUAAUAAUUCAAAAGCAGGAAUGGAGAUAAAUAACACAUCUAUCACAAAUAUUUCUGAAAGUGAUGCAUCUAAUUAUGGUGGAAAGAAUGGCUUAAGUGUGAGAUUGCAUAUGUUCAGUUCUACAGUUGAUUUAAGCUCUCGUUCGAAGGAAGGUUAUCAUACUUUUGAAAUAUUUUGUGUUGACCAGUAUGGGUUUAAGUCUAAUAUCGUAGGGCCUAUUAGAUUUUACUAUCGAUACUAUCCAACUACACCAUUACCGAACGUUAUCCAGAUGAGAAAUCGCAUGUCAGGCCAAUUGAAGCACCACUAA